AGAAGUACAGAAAACAGACGAAGAACGCGCGCGCCGUCGGCAGCCUCCUUCGAUGGUUCUUCAUUUAGUCGACUUUCUACUGUUUUACCGAAGAGCGUGUGGUGGUACCGCGUGUGUGUGUGACGUAGCGCGAUUUUACGCGGUACCGUUUUUUCCGUCAUUUGUUUUUUUCCUGGUCGUUUAUGGUGCGUAUUUCGUUCGGCAGUAGUGGAAAAGGGGGUGUGUCUGUUUUUCGGUGACGUCAUAUUAGGCAGUUUUCCCAUCAUUGCUCUCAACACCGUCAUGCAGACCUCAACGGAAACCAAAAUGCUACAGGACAAACAGCAACAGCUGAGCACCUCCUCCUCCUCCUCCGACCCCCCGCCCUUAAAAUCCCCCUCCCCCACCGCCGCCUCCCUGAUCCAGGAAAACUUACUGCAACGCUCCAUCCAUAGCGUCGCCCUCACUCUACAGAACGCGAUGAUCAGCUCUCUACAGCAGGCGGCUCUACUGCCGGCCACAAGCGCGGCAGCGGCUGCCCUCAAUCUCCAAGCGCUCGAGAGCUACUUGACCUUACAAAGACUCACCACCACAGUGUCUAACACCGAGUGGCCUGCCGCGACUACCGUAGCAGCAAAACCGACGGUAGACCCGCCUCCGAAGGUGGAUAUUUUGAAGAUCGCCACCAGCACCGCCAAAAUACACGAGGAACCUCCCGCCAGUGACCUCACGGAGGACGUGGAACUCUCCGAGGAAGUGGAGGAGGAUUUAGCCCUGCUCGACCACGAGGAGGAGGCUCUGACCAACUUUUCUUUAUCUCCCUCCCCGGUGGACUCCUCCGGUUAUCCCGCGCUGAUCGUGAACAACGUCUACGGGUCCGGAGGCGGUUCCGGGAGUGCCUCAAGUGGCGCCGCCUCCACGCCGACGGUCCAGAUGGCCAACGGGGUGGCUUUGGGGCGGCAGAAGGGGGCGGUGAGGCCUAAGAAGCAGUUCAUUUGCAAGUUUUGCAACAGGCAGUUUACUAAAAGUUACAAUUUGUUGAUCCACGAGAGGACCCACACGGAUGAGAGGCCUUACAGUUGUGAUAUUUGCGGGAAGGCUUUCAGGAGGCAGGACCAUCUGAGGGAUCAUCGGUACAUCCACUCGAAGGAAAAACCCUUCAAAUGUCAGGAAUGUGGCAAAGGGUUCUGCCAGUCGCGCACUUUGGCGGUGCACAAGAUCCUCCACAUGGAGGAGUCUCCGCACAAGUGUCCGGUGUGCUCCCGCUCGUUCAAUCAACGGUCGAACCUCAAAACCCACUUGUUAACCCACACCGAUAUUAAACCCUACAAUUGCGGCUCGUGUGGCAAAGUGUUCCGGAGGAACUGCGACCUCCGGAGACACAGUUUGACCCAUAACCUGGGCAGUUCCGGUACUGCUCCCGUGACGUCAGAAAAGUUCAGUAUAGAGAGCAUUAUGAGCAAGGGCGGUCAGAGCGGGGACGAGGGGGACUAGCCCGCCUUUUAUAUACCAUAUAUUACGUGUUUUAUAUAUUAUGAUAUGUACGAGGGUCAGAUAAUUCAAUUGUUUUUUUCUUUAGUGUACUUUUUUAGUGUGUAUAUUUUUAGAGCCAAUAAAUAUGGUGUAAAGUUGA